GAGGGGGCUGCCCCUGCCAAGGAGCUCUCCAAGGUAGAGAUGUUUGCCAAAGGCUGUGCAGGACCCCUCGACCAUUUCGGAAGCUGGGGUAGCCGGUCGAAAGUCUGGGUGGCCGUGCGAGGUCCCCCAGAGCAGAAGAAGUACACUCUCUGCAUCUUCUUCGACGAUGACAAAAGAACCGGUGAGAACAAGUGCAAUAAGGGCGAGGAGCCACAAGUGGAAGUCGAGCUGCUGAAGGUUCUUAGCGUACAGGCAGAUCCCGCUCGUGACGAAGUCUUCAUCAUCAACUACGUCGAGAAGAAUGAAAAGAACAAGGUCAAGCAGCGUCUAACUUUUUCUCGUCUCGACCGAGCACGUGACGUCUGGGUCGAAAUGAUGACAUUGCUCAUCAC